UAUACACAGGCUAUAGAGGAUAAUUCUUCCUCUAACAAUAAAAUAGAUAAGAUCAAAUUGGAAGGACCACAAAACUAAAGUACAUUACGUGUCAUUUUCUGAGCAUAUAGGAGAUUUCCUUAACAGAAAAUAUCAGCUAGCAAAGUCUAUAUAGAUGACUCUCUGUACAACAUUUCAAUUAAUGAAAAAUGGUUUCAUAUCUCUCUCCCUGUGUUUCUUUCACCAUAUUACUUUUUCUCAUCUUCAACAUGGUAUCAAGAGCUACUAAGACCUGCGUCUUAUCCUGGGAUCUUCUCUAAUUUUCAAAUUUUUUUUCCUCUUCCAUGGCAGAACCCACUUCUGUCCCCAAUUCUCCCACCACACACCCACUCACCCCAUCCUCCGCCUAUACAACCCCUAUGAUGCCAUCUAUUUCCCCCUCGCAGAUCCUUUCUUUGAAGCUUUCCGAUGAUAACUAUAUGUUAUGGAAAGCACAACUGCUUCCCUUUCUUCGUGGUCAUAAUUUAUAUGGUUUUGUUGAUGGGUCAUUUUCGGCCCCUGAAGUGUUUGACGAAAUGUCACAACCAAAUCCGGCGUACUCAGUUUGGCACCAAAAUGACCAAUCUGUUAUGAGUUUACUAAUCUCAUCUCUCUCCGAGUCUGUGAUGGCUCAUGUUCUUGAAGCUACCACCUCCCGCGAGGUAUGGCAGAUCCUUGAGGAUAUGUUUUCUGCUAAUUCUCAAGCCCGCGUGAUGCAACUAUUUUUCCAGCUCACUACCCUAAAAAAGGGGGCCGAAUCUGUUGCUAUCUAUUAUCGUCGUGCCAAACUUCUUGUGGAUACAUUAGCCAUGGCCGGAAAGCUGGUUCCCUCCUCCGAAUUCAUUGUAUUUCUGCUAGCCGGACUCGGUUCAGAUUUUGACUCGGUGGUGACUUCCAUCACCACUCAAGAUGUCCCUCUUUCUCCUGCCCAAGUUUACAGUCAUCUCCUGACUCACGAAUCUCGCAUCAAUCAUCAACUAAAAGACCUUACAUCUUCCGGAGAUCUAUCAGCCAACUUCUCGAGUCGACAACCUGUAUUUACUCCAAAUCGGGGUCGUGGUAUUUCGCGAGGUCGUGGCCGUUUCAGGGGAAGGGGAGGUCGUUUUACCAAUCCUACUCGUUCACCCUCAUCAUUUCCUCAUCCACCCUCAUCAUUUCCUGCCCCUCCUAAGCCUACAUGUCAAGUUUGCAACAAAUUUGGCCAUUCUGCAGCCACAUGUCACCAUCGUUUUGACUAUAACUUCCAACCACUAUCUCCUCCGUCCCUCGCAGCUCACUAUACCUCUGCCCCUCAACCUAUGGCACCUCGAUCUGAUUCUCAAUGGUACCCUGAUACAGCAGCUACUCACCAUUUUACUAAUGAGUUCUCCAAUUUAUCUAUCAAUCCCGUGGAGUACAAGGGCGUGGAGCAAGUUAAAAUUGGUGAUGGAUUCUCGAACCCAGAGUCUACUUCUCCGUGGUCUUACUAGGGAUGGGAUGUAUGUCUUUCCGUCUCUAUCUCCAUCUCCUCAAGCCAAUAUAUGCGAGCGUGCCACACCUUCUCUUUGGCAUGAUCGUUUGGGUCAUCCCUCUAUGUCUACUGUCCAUAGGAUUAUCAAUCACGCUUCUCUUCCAAUAAAUCGUUCGAAGAACUUGGGGUUAUGCUCUGCUUGCUGCCAAGCCAAGUCUCAUCAACUACCUUACUCUACCUCUCUCCACACAUCCACUGCUCCUCUUCAACUUUUAUUUACGGAUGUCUGGGGUCCUGCCCCUUUACUUUCUCGUGAUGGUUUUAGAUAUUAUUUAUCAUUCGUAGAUGAUUAUAGCCGGUUUACUUGGCUUUUUCCUCUUCGGUGUAAGUCUGAUGUGACUAAGGUUUUUCCAUCAUUCAAGUGUAAGGUUGAAAAUAUGUUUAAUACCAAAAUUCGUGCUAUACAAUCGGAUUGGGGCGGUGAAUUUCGUUCUCUUAA